AUGGCGUUACAUAUUUCAAAGUCUACGAAAUGGCCUGACCCUUUUAAAGAUGAAGUAGCUUACGUCGAUAAUCCUAUUGAAUCUGGAUUUCCAGGGCACUGGUUGCCCCUAAGCAUAAUAAAGAAGAUUAUGGAAAUGCGAGUUCUGACAUUGGCUUCGGAAGCUACCCAACGACCAAAGCCAACUUUAAAAAUAGUGAAAUUAAAGUUACACGUUACUACACGACACAAGAAGACUAAUCGGAAAACAGCUCGACAAGUUUUGAAUGAUAUUACUUCAAAAAUGACGUCAACUAAAGAUGUCACGACACAAACGAUAUCACGGUGUACAAGUGCUAGUAGUACAAAGGGAUAUACUUCUGUAGUAGAGAGGAGUUCUAUCCCAGAAACAUCACGUUUAUCGUCUUCAACACAAAAUGUUUCUCUAACAACGCAAGCAACAUCAGUGUUUUUUACAAAUGCGUCAACUGUUAAAGUUCUACCAGUAAAAUCCACAACAGUACCUUCCUCGUCAAUAACACCAAAGAUGUUGUCAACAUUAACAACAACUACAGCACCUACAGCGACAGCGGCGGCUACGACUACUACGCCCCGAACUACACCAACAACCCGGGUAUUAACAACGACGACACCGAAAAUUUCAACAACAGCGUCGGAUGCAACAACAACAACAUCAUUCCCGACAACGACAACACCGUUACUCACAACAACAAGAGCGCCGGAAACAACAACAACAUCAUUCCCCACAACGUCAGCACAGUUACAGACAACAAUAACAGCGCCGGAAGCAAAAACACCUACAUCAGUCUCGACAACGACAACACCGUUACUAACAACAACAACGAAAACAACACAGACGACGUCGACUACUACUACUACAGAAACUGGAAAUCCAUUUUACUAG